AGACUUCAUUAUGACAUCAUCAUUUGCAGAGGCUUUAACAUUCUCCAGCCUCUCAGAAGUUCAGUUGCUGUUUAGCGUUGGAAGUGGAAGGAGUGUAGUUAGCGUUAUCAGCAACUAUUGGUUAUUGAUCAAUGUGUUCAAGAAAAAUCAAUAGAAACAACAGCAAGAUAAAUAUGGAUUUAGGAAGCAGCAAAAGAAUGGAAAAUGGCUUCAGAGCAAGAGUAUUUGCUGUCUUUAGAAAUAUUAAAAGGAAGAUUGUGUCUGUUUUUGCUUUACCUGCCCAGGAAGAGAGUGAAGAACCCAAUGUGAGGGCGAGUAUAGAACAUCAGAGAACUGGAUAUCCCAGGAAGAGGAAAUUAGAGGAGAGCUCCAGUGAAGAGCGGUAUAUAAAGAGAAGAAGAACCCAAUCUGAUGCUGUCACCCCAUCAGAAAAGGGAGCUACAAGUGCAGAGUUGCACCUACAGGCAGAGAAUAAUCUGCAGGAAGACCGGCAUCAAGCAAGCUGGCCCUUGACCAAACGGGCAAAGAAGCGCAAAAGAUCCGCUGAUGAGGAUUCGCUAGUGAAAUACGGGAAGAGGCUCAAGGGUGAAGAAUCCCCAAAUGAGUCAGGCCCAAGUGAAAGUGCUACAGUGUCGCUCAACAGAUUUGAUUUCUAUAAGUUUCUUGGAGCCGGCAGCUUUGGAAAGGUUUAUCUGGCUAAGGACAAAAUCACAGGAAAAUGGGUGGCUGUGAAGAUGAUAAAGAAGGAAUAUGCAGAUGAAGAAAAUGUGAUGAGUGAGAGGCGGAUAUUAGAAUUAGCACAGGACUGCGCCUUUCUCACACAUGCAUAUGCUGCCUUUCAGACAGAGGAUGCUAUAUAUUUUGUGAUGGAGUAUGUGUCUGGAGGGACCUUAGAAGAUCUCCUGAUUGAAAAAGGUCCCCUUGAUAUUAACAGCACACGGAUCUUAGCUGCUGAGAUAGUGUGCGGACUGAAAUUCCUCCAUUCUCGUGGCAUUGUUCAUAGGGACUUAAAGCCUGAAAACAUUAUGAGAGACAGUGCUGGUCACAUGAGGAUUGCCGAUUUUGGCUUAGCUGUAGAGGGAAUGUUUGAGGGCCAGAGAAUCAAAUCCUGUGCUGGAACCCGCGAUUACAUGGCCCCUGAGGUAAAGUCUUACAAGGAAUAUGAAACCUCCGUGGACUAUUGGUCGUUAGGAGUGAUAAUUCAUGAGAUGCUUACUGAGGAAAAACCCAAAUUUUCCUGGUGGGCAGAAAAAUUUAAAUGUCCAGAGAGCUUCAGCCCUGAGACAAAGGACUUUAUGGAGAAGCUCCUGUGUAGGGAUCCUGACACUAGGCAAGAAUUUGUUCGGUGUAUCAAGGACCAUCCGUUCUUUACAUCAAUCGACUGGGUGGCCCUGGAAGCUGGGGAAAUUGAGCCCCCUUUCAUACCACCACCAAUGGAGGAACAACUGAAACAUUGUGAAGAGGAAUUUCCCGCUAAAUCCUCUGUUACACCAGGCCAGGAAAGGUCAUUGACAGGGUUAUCAUUUGUGUGCCAGGAGUGGCAGUGAAUCCCACCCAAUCCUUAGAAUUCCCCUCUAGCUGCAGAGAAGCAGUAAAGUCUGAGCGGGAAUAACGCGUUGCACACAAAUGGUUAUUGUGCUUACCCGGCACCAAGCUACGCGCUCCAGUUCAGUAGAAGAAGCAGAGCGGAAGAAAAGCCUUGAAAACUGUAAUGGGAUUGUACAUUACUGAGUCCGGGUACAGGACCAGAGCGCUGAGAUGAAUUCUACGAAUGGUGGCAUGAAGAGAAUAAGAAGAACAAGGGCACUAGCACAACAUCCAGUGCCAUUUUGGCCAUAAGGCAGUUAAAUAGGGGUGUCCAAAAGUCACCCUUUGUAAGAAAAGAAAAAGAUUAAUUCUGGGUUGUUUACCGUUAAUUCAGCUCUUUUAAAACCCAGAGUGCAACUGCUUUCUUGGCACUAAAGAUGCAGCAGGGAGA